GUCUGGCACCAAAGAAGGCAGCCAUCACCGAGGGACCAUCGCUACCGGGACAGCCUGGCCAAGGAAAGAAGAUAGGUCAUCGAGGCGUUGAUGCUUCUGGUGAAACCACCUACAAAAAGACCACCUCAUCCACUCUGAAGGGGGCCAUCCAGCUAGGUAUUGGAUACACUGUUGGCAAUCUGAGCUCCAAGCCAGAGAGAGAUGUCCUGAUGCAGGACUUCUACGUGGUGGAGAGCAUUUUUUUCCCAAGUGAAGGCAGUAAUCUCACCCCGGCUCACCAUUAUGCUGACUUCAGGUUCAAGACCUAUGCACCAGUGGCUUUUCGGUACUUCCGAGAACUCUUUGGGAUUCGUCCAGAUGAUUAUUUGUAUUCAUUAUGCAACGAGCCUCUGAUAGAGCUGUCGAACCCUGGUGCCAGCGGCUCCCUCUUCUAUGUCACCAGCGACGAUGAAUUCAUCAUAAAAACUGUGAUGCACAAGGAGGCUGAAUUCCUACAGAAGCUCCUUCCUGGCUACUACAUGAACCUGAACCAGAACCCACGGACGCUGCUGCCGAAGUUUUAUGGACUGUACUGCGUGCAAUCAGGGGGCAAAAACAUCCGCGUGGUCGUGAUGAACAACAUUCUGCCUCGUGUGGUGAAAAUGCACCUGAAAUUUGACCUGAAAGGCUCGACCUAUAAACGCCGGGCAUCCAAGAAGGAAAAAGAAAAAUCCAGCCCUACGUACAAGGACCUAGACUUCAUACAAGACAUGCCCGAGGGCCUGAUGUUGGAUGCAGACACCUUCAGUGCAUUGGUGAAAACGUUGCAACGAGACUGUCUGGUGUUGGAAAGUUUUAAAAUCAUGGACUACAGCCUCCUGCUUGGGGUUCAUAACAUAGACCAGCAAGAACGGGAGCGGCAGUCUGAGGGAGCCCACAGCACGUCGGAUGAGAAGCGUCCCGUGGGCCAGAAGGCACUUUACUCCACGGCCAUGGAGUCCAUCCAGGGUGGGGCUGCCCGGGGGGAGUCCAUAGACACGGACGACACGAUGGGAGGAAUCCCGGCAGUGAAUGGCAAAGGAGAGCGACUCCUGCUGCAUGUAGGAAUAAUAGAUAUCCUUCAGUCGUACAGGUUCAUCAAGAAGCUCGAACAUACCUGGAAGGCCCUUGUCCAUGACGGGGACACGGUGUCAGUACACAGACCCAGCUUUUAUGCAGAGAGAUUCUUCAAAUUCAUGACCAACACGGUGUUUCGAAAGAAUUCCUCUCUGAAGUCCUCUCCCUCAAAGAAAGGGCGUAGUGCCUUGCUAGCUGUCAAGACAGUUGGUCCAACAGCUGCAUUUUCAGCUAGCCAGCUUCCCUCGGAAAAGGACGAAACCCAGUACGACCUUCGUGCGGCCAGGAGUUACCCCACACUUGACGAUGAAGGCAGGCCAGACCUGCUACCCUGCACACCUCCUUCCUUUGAAGAAGCUACCACGGCCUCCAUAGCCACGACGCUGUCUUCAACAUCUCUUUCUGUUCCUGAGCGAUCCCCUUCGGAGACCUCUGAGCAGCCCAGGUACAGGAGGCGCACACACUCCUCAGGGCAGGAUGGCAGGUCACACGAGGAGGUGCGGGUUGAGGAGGAGCUUCAGCAGAUCAGCGUCGAGCUGGAGCCCAAGUGUGACGUUGAGAUCGUCGCUCCCGAAGAAGAUGACAAAGAAGAGGCGGCUUCUUCAGCCUGUGCCAUUGUAACAUCCACAGCUACCAUCGAGGGGGAGACAGCCAGCCAGGCAGCCAGCCAGGCCUCGGAUGAAGAUGACGUGCCAGUCACAGACAUAUACUUUCCGACAGACGAGAGGAGUUGGGUUUACUCCCCGCUCCACUAUAGCGCUCAGCUCCACUCUGUCUCCGAUGAGGAGAGCGAUACAUAAUCUCUAUGCAGACACAGAAGCCCCAGAGAGCAGCGAUUCCCUCUGCAGGUCGAUGUGUUCCCUUUUCGUUGAUGCAGCCGUUCCAGUGGGAUGGGGAAGAGCUCGCUGACACCAGUAUUGCUGCACUGCAGGAUCCCGGGCACUGCAUUUCAGAACGGAGCAAAACUAUAACCGUGUAUUUCUACUUAUCCCAGACGUGGGCAGCAAAGACACCACCCGCUCACCCGCAGCUCCCAACGGAGACAUCCAGCUGGGUGUAGAGAAUCCUGGGUAGUAACACAGUGUUUUCCAGACGUGCACUACCGUAGCUACCUAUCCAUGUGUGAUACUGUGAACCUUUUUAAUUUUUUAAUCAUGUAUUUAUUUCUUUUAUCUUUGCACAGAGACAGCACAAAUGUGCUUUUUUAAA